CCCCAGAGAUGUCGUCCUCCCUCGAUGAGACGAGCGAGCAGAUCUUCACGGAAAAGUCCUUCCUCCAAGGCGCCCUACUCGCCGGGGUCGCGUAUGGCACGGAGGUGACACUCUUCGCGAUGACCUUUUGGCAUCUUUUACGCACUCGUUCUGGUGUCAAUUCGAAACGCAAAUACAUCUUCUUGGCAUACAUCUCUGUCAUCUUCAUCCUUGGAACGCUGUUCUAUGCUUCAAACGCUCAAUUUACUCAGCUCGCGUUUAUCGACAACAGAAACAUUACGGGCGGUCCUGGUGUGUAUGAGGAGACGUCGUUUUCAAUACCGAUUGACGAACUCGGAAAUGUAUGCGCUAUUAUGUCGACUUGGUUGUGCGAUGCGUUACUGCUGUGGCGCUUCUACGUUAUCUACAAUACUGGUCGCGCUCUUUGGGCCAUUAUGUUUUUUCCUUCCUUGCUCUUUUUGGGAUCCUUCGUUACUGGCCUGCUCUUUCUCCUCGAGGUCUCUGCAUCCUCUCCUUGGAGUCCUGGCAGCCCGGCGGCCUCUAUCAACUGGACCAUCCCAUUCUUUUCGCUCUCUCUUUCCCUCAACAUAAUCCUUACCAUCGCCAUCACGUUGAGACUCCUCGUCUUCAGGAGAAACAUCGUCUCCGCCAUGGGCACCAGUCACGGUUCGCAAUAUGCGAGCAUCGCCGCCAUGAUCGUCGAAUCAGACGCUAUCUUCUCCACCUUCUCCCUCCUUUUUCUCGUUCCUUUCGCCAUGAACAACCCCCUCAACGAAGUUUUCUUCCAAGCCCUCAGCGGCGUCCAGAUCAUCGCAACGCUACUCAUCAUGUUCCGGGUUGCCCAAGGAAAGAGCUGGGACACUGAUACGAUGACUCACGGACUUACAGCAGGCUCCCUUCCUUUCAAUACCGCCGGAUCCUCGCAGUUCUCCGCUGAUGGCGGGCGCCGGGGCGGUUAUGGUAUGAACGAGGGACAUGCCAUGCAACGGAUUCAGUUCACGAAGCCUUUGCCAUCCGGCAUGUCGGCUUCGGCUCUAGCGUCGACGGGGGCGUCGGAAAGCACCGUCAGGACAUUGGGAGGGAGUAAGGAUGCGUUAAGCGUCGCCGUGGACGAUUUAGAAAAGGUUUAG